GAAUCGCUGGACUUAGCUGCACUGAGAUAUGUUAGAGGUUUAACUAUCAAAUCCCACCGUGACAGCUGGAGGCUUUAAAUCUGGAAUAAAAAGACGGUCUUGGUAAUGUUUGCCAGAAGUUGACUAAACUAUGGUCACAAGGGAUGGUCAUUUAACACUGAGGAUGCCUCGUGCCCUCUCGAUCUUUGUCCUGGGGCUAUUGGUCGGUCUUGACGCGAGUGAGAUCCACAGUGAAUCUGGAGGAUGUGUGGACUGGGGUGUAGACAGCAGCAGCAUAGUGAAAGGCCACGACGGGGAGCCGGUGAGGGUGAGCUGCCCUCUCAAGUCAAACGACAGUCUGGCCCACAAGUCAGGCCUGAUGCUGUCGUGGUACAAAACCAGACGGGGCAAAGAAGAGCUGAUAGACUUUCACCAGGCAGAGGAACGGGUGUCAAAAGAGGAGUGGGGGCUGUGGUUCUGGCCAGCGUAUGCCAACGUCGGGGACUACACUUGCAUGUUGAGAAAUGCCUCGGGUUGUGUCAAGGUGUCAGUAUCGCUCCUCGUUAUCCAGAAGGGACCCGACAAAUGUCCCAGCAGCCACGAAAUGGUCUAUCCUGUCGAGCUUUACAUUGGCAGUACCACGAAGGAAAAUUUCACCUGCGUCGUGACUGCGACACGAAGAGGGCGGACCUUCAACCUGACAAGGACACUCUGCGUCACCACUGCAGCCCGCCAGAAUAUGCGGAAGCCCCCAGUUCUAAUCCAACCAGCCGCUGACCUUCAAGUGGAAGUGGAGGACGGUCAAGAAGUAAAUUUAACCUGCAGAGCAUUUUUCCAUUACAUCCGGGGAUCACCCACAAGAGUCUGGUGGUUCGUCGAUGGGAAGCACGCACAGGAAUUAGCCCCAGCGAUACAAGUAUUUCUGAGCGAGGAACUGUUGGACCUUAAGGACAAGAGAAUUACCAAUACGAUGAGCAUCAGGGCGGUGACUGCGGCUGACCUCCAAAGGAACUACACCUGCUUUGCCCAGAACAGCGAAAACUCAAGCAGUGCCCACGUGAAACAAUACUGUCCAGCUUCUAGUUAUGCGGUUGAAAUCAGCAGUGUGUUGGGGGUCAUGUUACUGAUCCUUGUCACCUCAGUCAUUGUGUAUCACCUCUGGUGGUUUGAGAUCAUUCUGUUCUACAGGCUGUACUUCGGCACUGAUGAAGCGAUAGGAGACGGGAAGGAGUAUGAUGCCUACGUGUCGUACGCAAGGAGUGAAGAGGAGGAGUUUGUCCUGACGACUCUUCGAUCCGUCCUGGAAAAUGAGUACGGGUACAAAAUCUGCAUUUACGACCGGGACAGUUUGCCUGGUGGAGUCAUCACAGAUGAGACCCUGGCCUGUAUCUGGAAAAGCCGUCGGCUGGUGGUGGUGCUGAGUCCCAAUUACCUGUCGCACGGCACCCAGGCGCUCCUGGAGCUGAAGGCGGGCACGGAGCGCAUGGCCAGCACUGGCCAGAUCAGAGUUAUACUGCUAGAGUUCCGGCCGGUGAAGAAGGUCGGCCGAGUGGCCGAGUUGAAAAGGCUGAAGGCGGUGAUGACCACCAUCAAGUGGAAAGGGGAGCGGUCGCGAGACCUGAGGAGUCAGUUCUGGAAGCAACUCCGAGUCUCCCUGCCCACGAGGCGGAAAGGGCCAAUGUCUACGACGAAGAACUCCAGACUGGUCUACAAAAGACUUAGUGUCUCGGAUUUGCCCAGCCCUUUGGCUUCAGACAACCAACCAGUCGCCCGCAGUGGUCUCGGCACCUGUGAAGAAGGACCAAGCACCACUGUUGUGGUUCCUGAGGAGUCCUCGAUGCGUUGCUGAACAUUAACCCUCUCUGUGGAUGGUGCUUCCUGUAAACAGUUCACGUUGGGACUUGGGCAAAUGGGAGAGCAACCGUACAUGGGGACCUCACCGGCAAGGUUGGCGCCUACUGCCCCUGGGAAAAUGGUGGUGAGACCCCACUGUACCGGUGGGUUUGGAACCAAACAACUACCUGGAUACUUUAUGACAAUCCAGAUAUUUCAAGACUGAUAUAAAAUAUUUAUUUGAUUAAUUAACUGAAGUGAUGUAGCGGUUAGUGUAACACUAUUACAGCGCCAGCAACCCGGGUUCAAUUCUGGCCACUGUCUGUGAGGAGUUUGUACGUUCUCCCCGUGUCUGCGUGGGUUUCCUCCGGGUGCUCUGGUUUCCUCCCACAUUCCAAAGACGUACGGGUUAGGAAGUUAUGGGCACGCUACGUUGGCGCCGGAAGUGUGGUGACACUUGCGGGCUGCCCCCAGAACACUCUAAGCAAAAGAUGCAUUUCACUGUGUGUUUCGAUGUACA